AUGGAAAAUCAGGCUGGCUUACCGGCCAAUAUUUCUCUCGAAGGGCGCACCAUACAAUCGAUGGAGGAAGCAUUUCAGAUCCUACACGAAUGUUCACGAGAUGAGGUUUAUCCCAUAGCAAUGCAGAUGCAAUCUGAGCUCAUGGGGUUUAUCGAGACCGGCGAGGACUAUCUGUAUAAGCUCCAUGAAUUUGUUGAUAGAGGAGAGUUCUGGCGCGGUCAUGAGCUGGACGAGGACAGCUUCCGAUAUAAUUGGCGGGCAGCCAGGGAUGCUAUCGCUAAUAGGACAAAGAGGCUGGAGUAUAUCGACAGUAUUCGAGAAAAGGCUAUCAAGACAUGGGGAAGCGACCAUGCUAAAGCCUUUUUCUUACGUGUGAAGACCCGCGCCAUGGCAGAAAAAGUGAGCAGGCUAUUGACAGCCAACCUCGAAUAUACGGCCAUACGACUUAUGAUCAAUAACGAGAUUGUGAAUCGUCUUUCUGCAAAAUCACGAGGUAUUAAAAAGGAUAAAGCUGUAAUGCAGGGGGAUAUUACUAAAGCUUUCUCUAACCGCUGUCAAAGGCCUCUUUCAGGAGAGAAACUUCAGGAGCUUGGUCUUGAGAUUGAUGAUGAUGGAUACUGUUGUCGCGCUGGCAGUGGAAGGGCUCUUGUGAAUGACUCCGAAUCCGAAAGUGACAAUGAUUUAUCAAACGACUUUGUUCAAGCAUCAUACGCCGAAUCUUCAGACGAAUUCCAACGCGAAGAGUCUCAAGAUUCCAUAUCUAGAGAAAAAUCAGAAAUAGCAGCUAGAAAGGGAAAGAAGCGAAAGAGAAAAGAUCCAUCUCAGUGCGGCUGCCUGCUCCCUAAUAGCACUCUUCGCCGUGUCUUUCAUAAUUCGGAACCCGAAAUGAAAUGUCAGAAGGCCUUGCGCAAAGUUGGACGCAAGAUAUACAAAAUCCACGACAAAAUCGACACCAAUACCAUUUGCCCAAGCCAUAGUCGACAGCUUUGUAACAUGCUAGGAAUGUCAGUCAAUACUACACAUAGAGAACGAGCGGAUCGUCUCGAUAAACUGUAUCAUGGACUUGGUGCCUGGGAAGGCACUCGCGCUCGAUAUUCCGACUGGUUUCAACGGACCCAGCCGAGCGAAAUCCCCGUCAAUAUGUUCCGUUUCCAGGAGAAGAACAUCCGACCAAUCGUCGAAAAUUGGGAUAGCCUCGAGUAUCUCACGUUUCAGAGUCUUUAUCGACGAUGUUUUGGUAAAAACCAGCUACCAGCUCUUAAGCAAACAGAUAAUCAUAUGCGAGUGAACGGAAGUGUGGUCAUUCCAGGAUUUUUCGGUUGGCUCAAGUACGAUUUCGAUGGCAUGCAUCCUGGAGGUAUUCUUCGACUGGCUCUACAAGAAUUCGCCAUGUAUGACUGGCAUUUUCGCCCUCGCACAGAUCAUCCGCGACUUGGAUGGGCAACAAACAUGUGGUAUAGUUUGAUCCAACAAUUAGUGCGGCAAGAUAUAGUCUACUGGAUGUGGCAUGUCUACUUCCGCCCUGACCAUAUGUGGCGUUUGAUCUCUGUACCUCAUUGUUCCCAGAGUGCCUAUCCUAGAGAAGGAACAUGCUUCCAACAGCUCGAUAUAAAUGUACGUGACUUUGUGAAUACUGGCUACGGCAAGAGCUUUUUACAGGGCUCUGUGUUUCUCAACGACGAAGAUGAGCAAAAUUGUGACGAAUUAUUACUCGGUAUGAACCGUCAUCUGGAGUCUUGGUGGAACGAUUUAUCUUCUCGUGGUCUGGUAGGGAUGGUAAUCUUCAGCAAAUCAUCUCUGAAAUGUGGACAUCAAAAGAUGUAG